AUGGUUUUCCCCUUUGAGAAACUCCCUGCGAUCACCCAGAUCGAGAAGAUCGCCCAGAUCUUCGACGAGGCCGAAAUCAAGUACAUCGUGUGGACUGGCUCCAUAGUUCGGCUAUACGGAGUGGAGGAUACCCAGCUGGGCGUGCCGCACUACAUCGAAUUCGUCGUCGAAAAUGCCUCUAUGGCCCGUGCGGUCCAGCUUCUUUACGAGAAGAGCUUCAGUCGUGGUCUGGACCAGGUGUGCGGCCGAUCCGGGGGUUUUCAUGAUGUGGGAACCGAAAUCGUGCAACUGUCCACCGGGGGCGCGCCGCACUUGGAUCUGUACCUGCACACAUGCUCCAAGGUCCUUGGGUCAUGUGUAGUCCCCGAGGACGAUGAUGAGAUUUGGAUGAAUGAGGACCAAUGGGAGCUCCCCAAGUUCGUUCUAACCAGGCUUAGAAUGCUGAAGCCGGUGUACUACAUUAAGAUGCACCUAAUCCAGUGGGCGCGGCGGUGGUGUUUGGGGCCGGAAGAAAGCUAUCACUGGUUCAUGGGCGCGCGCGUCCUGGACUAUCUGAUCUCAAGGAAGCUCAAACCGGAGGUCAUUGGCUAUGAGUCCCUGGACCAUCACUUGGAUGGAGUCUGGCGCGCGGUGCAUGCUCGAGAGCCUUUCAAGGAGCUUGAGGUCUAUGUGCCGCGCAUGGCGCAGGCCUUGGACAAGGCAGGCAUCCUCGCGCCUUUGCCCACCCCUCAGUGGCCAGAGAAACUGGUUCGCGACAUUUACGAUGGUAAUGUCCCUGAUUACAGUGUUUUUGCUGGGGGAUCCAUGGCGACCACGUUUGGCGAUAGUUUUCAUCCCACAAUCGCGAAUACUUCGGUUGCGAGUAGUUUUGCAGCCCCUAGUGAUCCCAGCACGCCUGUGACUGAGGAAGAGCCGCCAGCGCCCUCAAGGGCUGUGGCAAGCACUGCCACUACGGACCCCGACAAUGCCACGGUUCUUCAAGCUCCUGGUACACCUGAAACUGAGUGGACUGCUAAGACUGACGUUGCUGAAGAAGGUGGCGAUCCCGGUGUUCCUGGAACUCCUGAAGAAGAGCUUACUGCGAGGACUAAGGUCAUUGGUGCUGCUGAAGAUCCGACUGCCCCCGGACCAUCUCCAGGCAGCCCUGAAGCUACCGCUGAUGCUGAAGCCGAUGUCGCUGCUUCUGAUCCACCCGAAGAUCAAGAGGCCUAUCCCGUUCUUCCUGCCAACGUCUCAUUUGGUUCUCUGCCCGAAACAGUCGCUGGCUCAGAUUCCGAGCCAGGGUCUCCAAUGGCCACCGAAGAAGAUGAACCGGAGCAAUAUUCUACAGGCUCUUCUAUGGUGACAGAAGAGGACGUGGCGGCACCGGUCCAUGAUCAUGAUCCUAUGGAGCUUUCGUCUGCACAUCCCAGUGCCAAAAACUCCUUCCGUGACGUGGAGUCGAGUCCGGGAACUCCGAAGAGUCUGAAAAAAGAUAGGGCUGAGCGUAUUCCACCUUCUUUGACUUCGUCCACAGACUCCGUGCCACCUUCCUCUGUGGAGACAGACGUGGAAGUGGCAGAGGCUCAACCUAGCCAGCUUGCUGUCAAGGACUCGGCCGGUGUUGGCACUCACGAUGAAACCAGAGAUAAUCCCACCCCGGACGACAUUUGUACGCAGUCCUGA